ACACUUAUUUUGGGUCCGAGACAGAGAGGCCAUUCUUUUGCUUUCUUUAAGAUUGUUGCUUCAGACAAAGUAUAGUAUUCACUAAGCUACGCAUCACAAUUAAAAGGAAAAAAGUGCAGCAACCAAAAAGUGUGCACAGGUUAGCUAUGGAAUGGGAAGUAUUGGAUGCAAACUAUCCUUCAAAACUUUAGAAACUCUUAAGAAACUGAUUUAGUUUAUAGCAGAUGAUAUCAGAAUAUAAGUAACUGGCAUCACAGAGGAUCUUGGGCAUCUUCUUCUUCCUCUUCCCUUGGCUUCUAGCUAAGGGUCGUCAGCAGCAAUACAUUCUUAUGUGGAAGCCAUUUUCAUCAGAAUCAGUUUUUCUCCAAGCAUUCAGUUGAAGAAGAUUGAAACCACAGAGGUAUGAGUGAGGUUGGUUCUGAAAGAUCAGAGUCAUGGAACAUAUACACGACUUCAGAGCAGAGCCCAUCAUCAUCUCAAACAGGCAUUGGUCAAGAAGCUCCAUGGAAGAGCUUUGGAUCCUCCAUGAAUGCCAUUUCCUUUGGCUUUGUUGCCACUGCAAUCUUGAUAUCAAUGUUCCUUAUCAUGGCAAUCUUUGAGCAUCUGUUUAGACCAACAUCUCCUUUCUCCUCAUCUGAAGUGACCAACAACUCCGCAGAAUCAGGUCCUGCCGAGAAAUUCAUAAGUCCUAAUACGAACAUCAUCUUUUAUCAUAACAGUGACAAGACACAGAACAUCGACACAAACCAGUACCCAUCAUUACAGAAUACAUGCUUUUCUUUUAAGGUGCCAACAUCAUAUGCGUCUGAUUUCUCAGUGUUGAUGCCAGGGCAGGACAUCCCCACCUUCAUUGCGCAACCAGCUCCUCUGCCAUGCCAAAGAGAGAGGAUUUAUUGGCCAUCUCAUGACCAUAAUUUUUUAGGUCCUUGAGGCAAAUAUAUGGUAUUUCUUGCCACCAUAGAAAGCAGUUACUGUAUUUAGGAAAACUAUCAGCUUUGCUUUUUCUCAGAAUAAUAAUACUUUGUGCUUCUUCACCCACAGGGAGAUUUGCCAAAUGCUGAUACUUUUUUGUUCCCAGUUUCUCAUCUGUAAAUUGAUUAUCAAAGAAGUCAGCAGUAUUUACACGAUUCUACUUGUUUGAUAAAGAUUUGAGAUAUAAGUAGAAAUCACCUCACUUUUAUGCUCAUCA